AUGAAGAAACAUAGUAAUUCCACUACUAAACGCUUCAAAGCUUUAUUGGAAAGUUGUAAUCUAGCCCAAAACAUUCAUGCUCCCACUCGUUUACGUUCCAUUCUCGACCUCGUUCUUUCUUCCAGAUCUAGUAUCAGUGAUAUCGAAAUUUUGCCUCCCUUUGCCAAUUCUGAUCAUAAUGUUGUUUCUUUCAAGUUCGACUUUAAUACUGAUCAACUCCUCUAUCUGCCCUUGCCAGAUUUCAGUCGCGUAAACUAUUCCGAGUUACGUAAAUUUUUCGCUCGUGUAGACUGGGCUGGAAGUUUUCGACAACUAUCAGUCGGUUGCAGAAAUGAUCGCCGCUUUUGCCUAGUGAUGUACGAUACUUUAGCCAAGUUUGUCCCGCUGAAGUUUAACAAAAAUUAUGUACCUACUUAUCCUUUGCAUUUACGAAAUCUAUUUGACCAAAAGAAUCGACUCUUCUACCAACUUGAUAACCCUUUGAACAACGCUCUCUAUAGAAAAAUUUGCGCUGAUCUUGACUAUCACAUGAAAAAAUACCUUGCAUAUCAUGAGCGGCGUUUGUCGAAAACAUGUAUGAAAAAGUUUCAUAACUUCCUCGCUAAAAGAAUUAAACAAGCACAAAAACUGCCUGUGUUGAGGACUGACAAUGGGAAUUUGAUCAAAACCGAUCUCGAAAGAGCUAACGCACUUGCUGAACUCUUCGGUUCUAACUACUCAUUAAAACUGAAUGAAAGAAGUCAUAAUCUUCCAUUGCCAACUACUGAUUCCUCUGUCACUCAGAUUCCUCAAAGGUCCUUCGACUUUGUCAUCUAUCCAAAUGAAGUUCUUACCGUUCUAAAACGUUUAAAUCCUUCGUUUACGCGUCCCUACGAUGGUAUUCCCCAGAUAGUUUACCAAAAAUGUGCAGAUGUUUUGUGUCUUCCUCUUGCUCAUAUUUUUAAUGCGUCGCUUAUCUUCAGUGAAGUUCCUAACAUUUGGAAAGAGGCACUUAUUACCGCAAUACCCAAAAAAAGCAAUUCUAACGCUCUCUCGAACUUUCGCCCCAUCAGUAUUGUAUCCUCCGCAAGCAAAGUUUUGGAAAAGAUAAUCAAAGAAAAACUAAACGAGUAG